AUGAAUUUUUGCAACAAGAUCGUAGCAACUAAAGCAGCUAAGGAGACUCCAAUCAUAUGUUUAGAUGGAGUCAGCUUUAUUCAUUCCACUUUUAAUGACCUCACUGUGCUUGCUACCUCUAAAGGAAAUAUAAAUGCUGCACUUAUUAUGGAGUUCAUUAGAAGGUUUGUUACUGUUUGCAAGUCUUAUUUCAAUAAUGAAUUCAAUGAGGACUAAGUGAGAAAGAACUUUGCACUGAUCUAUGAACUUUUAGAUGAGGUAAUGGAUCAUGGAUUCCCCUAAAUUCUUGAUCCAGAUCUACUCAAGAUGUAUAUUACUCAAGGCAAGCAGACUAACCCUAAUUUGAAUGAUAUCCAAAAGCUAAAGCAAAUUACUAUAUAAGCCACUGGAGCAAUCUCAUGGAGAGCAGAAGGUAUAAGAUACAAGAAAAAUGAAGUCUUUAUCGAUAUUGUUGAGAAUGUCAAUGUACUUCUAUCAAACAGAGGCACUGUUUUGAGAGCUGAUGUUCAAGGUCAGGUGUUAGUAAAGACUGCUCUAAGUGGAAUGCCUGAAUGUAAAUUUGGAAUUAACGAUAAAUUACUCAUCAAAAAUUCAGCUGCUAACCCAACAAAGCAGGAUCGUGGUAUACAGAUCGAUGACAUUAAAUUUCAUCAAUGUGUGAGACUAGGUAAAUUUGACAGAGAUAGAUCUAUUACUUUCAUCCCACCCGAUGGUAUCUUCGAAGUUAUGACUUACAGAAUCUCUGAAAAUAUUAAUCUUCCUUUCAAAAUUGUACCAGUUGUUUAAGAAUUCCCAGAACAAAAUAGAGUUGAGUUUAGUGUCAAAAUCAAAGCUAUCUUUGAAAGAACCAAUUUCGCUAAUAAUGUCGUUGCCACUAUUCCAGUUCCCCCUAAUACAGCUAAUUGCAAAAUUUACUCAGCUGGAGCUGGCAAAGCUAAAUAUGAACCAGACAAGAAUGCUAUUUUGUGGCGUAUUAAGAAAUUCCAAGGAGAUAAUGAAUUCCUUAUGAGCGCUGAGGUUACUACCACUCCAUCAAAAAGCGAUAAACAAUGGAACAAACCACCCAUAACACUUAAUUUCUAGGUACCUAUGUUUACAGGCAGUGGAUUAAGAGUAAGAUACCUCAGAAUCUAGGAGAAGAGUAACUAUAAACCAACUAAGUGGAUUAGAUAUAUAACCUAGGCUGGAGACUAUCAGCAUAGAAUAUGA